AUGUCGCACACACUCUCUGGUGGCCAACCAAACGCCAAGGUCAUCCUCCAACUGUCGUCCUUCUCUUCGUACCUGCACAACGGUUGCACCGACUCCUCAUCCUUUCCAGGCAAUCCGGGUCUUCUUGACUUCUACUUGCCAUUUUUGAACGCCUUAUACCAAAAGGACACAACAACUACGCUUGCAAUUCUUGCUAUCGGACAUAUCGGUCACUCGCCUGUCAUUAGCGCCCCUCAGUCAAUAGAUUCCUGCAGUCUCCCGUCCCAAGUUGAGAGUGUGGCCCGUGCUUUAGAUGCCCUCAAGAUGGAGUACGGCGGAACAGCCAAAUUCGCGCUUGUCGGCCACAGCAUUGGUGCAUGGAUCUCUUUGCAGGUAUUGAAAUCAAGGCAACCUGAUGUAUCGGCGAUUUUCCUCCUUUUCCCGACCAUAAGCAAUAUUGCCAAUACUCCAAACGGCAAACGGCUUUCUUGGGCUUUCUCACCCACUUCAAUAUCAAUUCUGUCACUUCUGUCGCGCUUUGUCAAAUAUCUCCCAACGUACAUCCUUUGCACAAUUUUUCGUGGCUGGCCUCUCUCUCAAGUCCUUGUCCUGCAGCGACUCCUUUAUUCCCCGUCGAGUAUUGCAGCUGCAUUAAGCAUGGCCGGUGAAGAGAUGAUUGCUGUACAAGGCUUAGACCUAAUCCUUUUGGAAGAGCACAGGCAGAGACUCUGGUUCUAUUAUGCGGGACAUGAUGAUUGGGUUGGGCCAGAAAAACACAAAUUACUCAGUUCGUUUUACCCAGAUGAGCGAUCCCAGAGAAUUGUCCAAGAUAAAUUCGAAAUCCCACAUGCCUUUUGUAUCAUGGCUCGCAGCCUCUAG